UUUACAAAACCAUUUCAUACGAAACAUCAAGAGCUCAUUAUCGUCAAGUAUUCCUCAACUCUCCCCCGCUUCUUUGCAGCUGAAGCCCAACCGUCGGCGACUUUAUUCCCCGGAGCCCCACAUCAUUGCCGCUGCCCAUCUCUCUUGCACACCUAUAAUCAGCAAGAUCUAGCGCCGACGCAGCACUGUGCCUCGCUUCUGAACCUCGGUUUUACUCCUACGCAGACCUAAAGAUCGCACCGCUCCGAGCUUUUAGACCAUCGCUGUUGCCUGUUCAUUGAGGCGGCAACGGGGCAGAGUGGGAGCUCCAAUGUUUCACUUUAUGAUAGAAUUCGCACUACUAUAAUCACUGGUUUUCUCGGUUCUGGGAAGGUGAUGAAUGGCCAAUAUCUUUGCAAUAGACAGAUAACUGUAUCCUCUGUGUACGAGAAAGACACUAAAGGGGAGGACAUGGUACUCUAGCAGGACAUGGAGCAAUGGUGUUGCGUGUCCAGGACAUAUUUCCUGAUCUAACUGGACAGUGUUGAUUUAUAACCCUUUUACAUGUUUCGGUGGUUGAGGGGUAGGGCAGGAGGCUAUGGUUCCCUGUAUGAGCAUCAGAGAGGAUUCAUUUACCAGCAAAAGUUUACUCUGGUCAAUGUGAAGUUAAAAUCGGUGAAAGAUAGGGUGUUGGAUGCUGUUGUUGCUGGUGAGAGGGAUCUGAGGGCAGUUUGCACCAUUGUUUCCAUCAUAGUUUCUAAUCCUCAAUGUUGUGUGCCUGUCUACCACCUCUCUCGUUCUCGAGGACAACUUGGUGUUACACAUGAUCACAGGCUUUCUACCCUUGUCAGGAGAUACCCCAAUAUUUUCAAUGAAUUUCAUGUCCCUGACAGUGGUGGCACACCUGUCCCCUGGUUCUGCUUAACCCCUGAAGCCCUGAAGCUCCACCAAGAGGAACUGAUCAUCAGACAAAAAUGUCGGAAGGACCUUCUUGAUAGACUUUGUAAGCUCCUCAUGCUCACCAAAGAAAGGACACUUCCUUUACAAACAAUUGACCAGCUAAAAUGGGACAUGGGCUUGCCAUAUGACUAUGAGCAUUCCUUUAUUCCAAAUCACCCACAGUUAUUUUCUUUAUGUCACCUUUCAGAUGAUCGUAUUGGCUUAAGACUUCUAAUGUGGGAUGACCUUCUUACUAUCUCUGAACUGCAAAAAAAUGCUGCUUCAGAAAAAAAGAAAGACAUGGAAAAUGGCUGCUUAUCAUUUCCGAUUCGAUUCACACGAGGUUUUGGAUUGAAGAGAAAAUGCAUGGAAUGGUUAGAGGAGUGGCAGAGUCUUCCGUAUACUUCACCUUACUCGGAUGCCUCCCAUUUGGAUCCCCGUACAGAUAUAUCUGAGAAGAGAAUUGUUGGAGUCUUUCAUGAGUUACUUCAUCUUACCCUGGAAAAGAAAACUGAACGCAAGAAUGUGAGCAACCUUCGUAAGCCACUAGCCUUGCCUCAGAAAUUCACAAAGGUGUUUGAGCGGCAUCCUGGCAUCUUCUACAUCUCUAAGAAGUGUGACACCCAGACUGUUGUUCUAAGGGAAGCCUAUGAUGGUCAAUUCCUCCUCCAAAAACACCCCCUUGUAGACAUUAGAGAAAAGUACUCAAAAAUGAUGCUAGAAGGGUUCCUUGGUAGGAGUAGGGGCUUGUUCAAGAGAAAUAUGGGUGCAGUUUUAGCGGAGGAUACAAUAAAGAAUGUGUUUACUGAUGAAUCUAGUGAUAGUAGUUAUGAGUCUGAAGGAAAGGCAGAGUAAUUUUCUCACUGAACAGGAAUCAGAAGACAAGCGUUGCUGAUUUCUGGUAGGAUUCUUAGCCCAAUAAGAAUUUUUGUUUGCAGUUGGCUAAGAGUAGGCAGGCACUGCAAGGAGCUUUUGAUUCCUCUCCAGCCAUGUGAAAUGAGGGUCAAGGAAAAGAGAAAAGUGGGGGGGGGGGGGGGGGGGGAUCUGAAGGGCUUGUAACUUUUUUUUGCAUCUGCAAUACUGAGGGGUCUGCUGCUGUAGAGAAGUAAAAAGGAGCUGGAAAUGCAAACAUUCAUUCCAGACUUGGCUGAAUGACUAUGUAUGUAUAUAUUCUGGACUGCUUAAAAGAAUCAUUUGGUAUUAUGUCCCAGAUAACUCCACUGGAGUAUUCAUGGUUCCUGCAAACGCAAAGUAGUAACAGGUAAGAGGUUUUUAGUGUUUCCAUUUGAGGAGUGGAGUGCAAUCUGAAGCAGUUGGGGUAGGAAGGCAAUUUUUUUUUGAUUUGAUGGAUGUUUGACAAAUUCAAUCCACUUGAAAUCUCAUCUGAUGGGUCGGGUAUGGAUGGACAAUUAAAGAACCCAUGUGGGUAUGGGUAGGGGCUGGAGUUAAGCUAGAUCCGAUCCGUAUCCCACUUGUAUAUAAAAUUGUUAAAUAUUUUUAAAUUUUAUUAUAUAUGUUUUUGUUAUUUUUUUUUUUAUAUAUUUUUCUGUUUACAGUUUUUAUACUUAUAUUUCUAAACAGAAGGCUAAAGCCAAGCUCAGCCUACUCCCCAAUAAACCCCGCCAAAAGUUACUUAUUAUGUUUGAGAUGUUUUGGGUUGUGGGUUAUUUAGAUAAUGACUUGGUUUGUGUUGGAAACAUUUUAUGUUGUGUGGAUUUAUAUGGUUGAAAAUAUUGUAUGUAAUUGAAAAUGUUAUAUGGAAUUUAUAUAUAUUUUCAUUUCUUGUUAUAUAUUGUGUUAAAUUUUGAUUAUGAAUUUGAGAUAAAAUAAAAUAAAUAUAUAUUUUUAAUUUAAAUUGAAUGGCUAGAGGAUAUUCAAUGGAUAUCUGCUACCUGAUGGAUAUUGGGAUGGAGGAUUAAAUAUAUUAUCCGAUGGGUAUUAGGAUUUGGUACAGGUACAUAUAAGGAUGAAGGUAUAUUUGGUCCAUAUCUGGUCCGCUGUCAUCCCUAAUUUGGGGGGAGGGGACUGAUGGAAGAUACACUGUGCUACAGGUUAUGGUAAAAGUCGAGUCUAAUCUUAUUCAUAGUUAAUUUGAGAUUUUCAAAUGCUUGUUGGAAUUUUGGAGAAAUCUGCUCUGAUUUUUAACACUUCUCUUGCUUGCUCUUUUUCUCCCUCUUCCUGUCUUCCUGUCUCUCACGUUUUGUUCUUUUUUUUUUUUGCCCUUUAGUUUUUCUCCUCUUGAUUCUUCUGUUACAAGAUCUGCGUAGUCAUUAUGUCGAUAUGCAAAUGGCAGUGGUUAAUACUUGAUCUAGCUAAGCUAGUACUCUCAAAGCGGGCCUCUUGUGCAUUUGAAUGCCCAUUUAUUCUGAUCUCUCUCUCACUUGGUUUUUGCUCUAGGAUUUUUCUGUGAAGUUAUUACCUUUAUGCUGUAACAUGCAACCAAAAGUGAGAACUUUUGGUAUUCCUUUUUCUUUUUUGGUUAGAAGUGUUCUAGCAUUUUCCUAAUGUAUCCAAAUUAAAAGUAUCCUUCGAGGUUGAGGUGGAUUAAGAAAGAUGUAUCAAUGAUGGGUCAAAUUAAUUUACCUUUUAUCACAAGGAAGAAAAAAUUUGUUCCCUUUUAUGUUGUUUCAAGACUGAGUAGUAGCAAACGCACUUAAUUUGAUUCUUUUUAUCGAUUGACAUUUAAACUGACACAAGAUUUACUGAUGCACUAACUCUUGCAGGUUAGGCCACCCUACAGUACACCAUAUAAAGACGGCAGAACAGAAAGGCAAGAGCUGUGCCAUUAUAGUUCCACCUGUCACAAUUGGCGUCCUCCUGUUUCUGUAACUAUUGGAAUACCCUCUGGCCAAGUUGUAUUCGGCUCUCAAGGGGUAAUUUGAUUGAUAGAUUAUCGACUAUGCGAAUUUUUCAUACAGGACAAAAGCUUGAACUGUGUCUUCAAGCAGAAUGAAAGGCCUGUAGAUUAAGCUGCUACUCGAAGUCCAAGUCCUCCAGGACAAGUUUUCCUCGCUUGU